AUGAGUGGUUCAUCAUCGGAGGGAGCAUCAUCAACUGCCAGUGCUCUUCCACCAUUGGAAUAUCAUAACUUGACUUUGAAUGCAAAGAAGAGGAGAUUUUAUACACCCUAUGAAGUGAGUGAACAUAAUUGUGCUAGUGAUUGUUGGGUGUCGUUUUUAAAUAAGGUGUACAACCUUACUCCACUCAUUGCUCUAAACAAAACUUCUGUAUUAAUUGAACCAAUUGUUGCUAAUGCUGGAAGGGAUAUUUCCCAUUGGUUUGAUGCAACAACACAAGAUGUAAAAACAUGGAUAGAUCCAAUCAUUAACGAAAGAGCCUUCUAUACACCAAUGAAGAGAUUUUUACAUGUACCUGCACCACCUUAUGAAGCAAAAUCAAAAACUCAAGAAGUGAUUCCUGUAGUGCCUUGGUGGCAAGACUCAAAGUACAUGAUUGGGUAUUUAUCAAGGAAAACCCGAUUUAUAAGAAUUAUCAAUACACUAACACAAGAUGAUCAUCAAUUGGAAGUCUGUUCUGAGGAGACAUUAAGGGAGAUUUUGGAUAGAUACUUGGUUUUCAAUGCUCAUGCAGCAAGUUACACAUGGAAACGACUAGGAGAAGUUUUAGAUAUGGAAAAAACCUUAUCUGAGAAUGGAAUUGAGGAUGAAGAUGGAGAGUUUGAAGAGUUGGGGAUUAGAGAUGACUAUUACAUUCCUGCCAUCCAUCUCAUGUAUAAUGAUGAUUUAACAAUUGGCUAG